AUAUUUGCAACCUCCUUGAGCGAAUGUACUCUUCGGACAUAUCUACCAAGUAUAAAAGCUGAACGAUGGUAGUAUACCAUCAGCAGUCAUUGUUCAUUCGCUCUCAUUAUGAAACUACAAGGUCUUGCAGUACUGCUAUUGGCAGGUUUGGUUUUGGCAGAGCAAAAGAAAGAAACCAAAGCUGUAGAAACUUCUGACAAGAAGCAGAAUAAGAGAGGUCUCUUCGACUUGGGAUAUGGUGGUGGACAUGGUUUUGACUUAGGAGGUGGACAUGGUUUAGAAUUAGGAGGUCAUGGUUUGGAUGGAGGUUUCGGUGGAAGCUAUGGAGGUGGUGCUGAUCUUGGAGGUGAAAUCAAACAUAUCACCAUCACCAAGGAAGUACCAUACCCAGUUCCUCAUCCAGUACCUUAUCCAGUGGAAAAACCAGUACAUGUACCAUACCCCGUUAAAGUGCAUGUCCCAGUAGAUCGUCCAUAUCCAGUACAUGUACCAAAACCAUAUCCAGUACACGUUGAAAAGCCAGUACCAUACCCAGUGGAAAAACCAGUCCCAUACCCAGUCAAGGUACCAGUUAAGAUUCCAGUGAAAGUACCAUACGCAGUACCUGUGCCAAAACCAUACCCAGUACCAGUACACAAGCCUUAUCCAGUGCCCGUUAAAGUUCCAUAUGUUGUCGAAAAGCAAGUACCAGUCCUGAUCCAUGGUCAUGGAGGGUUAGAUGGUUUCGAUGGCGGAAGUUACGGACAUGGUGGUUUGGACCUUGGCAGUUACCAUCAUUGAGAAAGGCUGUUUAAUUAAUAUUCUUGUAUAUUUUCAUUUAUAUUGUUAUUUCAUUUUUCUCACCUCAUUCUAUUGUCUAAGUUUAUUUAUGUUUCUUCUUAGUAAAAAUUUAUUCUUUUAAAAA